GUAAAAUCACAGAGAAAUUUGAAUUUUCAAGGAACCUAGGAAUUUUUCAUUGCCAUUCAUUUAGUCCCUGUAACUUGCAGGAGUGGGUAUAUUUCGACGCUGUUGUUCCCCGAAGAUGAACGCCUUCUCUAACUAAACCUAGAUAUCAGUCUUGUGACGACUCGGAAGAUUGUACCUCUGCGUGGCUUCGACUUCAUUUAGAAGAAGGGAUCAAACGACAGAUACUCAUCGUUCGCGACGGAUCUUUACUCGCUACAGACUCGAAAGUGAAUUCAUGAGAUACAAAAAAGAAACAUUACCCACGUUAACGAUUAUCAGCGUCGAUUAAUCACCUCUAAAUCACCUUCCUAGAUUUGUUGACUAAUUACAACGUAGGGACAACGAGGUGCGAUGUUCUACAUGUGUGUGACCGUGUAACAGUACAUUACGAAAACCAAGAAAUAUGUACGCGACAUGUUUUGGAUAGGAACGGUAAAGGUCCUAGAAAGUUGAGGAAAUAUUUGUAAAAAUGGUUACUAUUUGUCGCAAGGAAAAGUUGACUAUUAAUUUAGUGGAAAGAAACUGUAUUUAGCGCUGAUUAAGCGGAAGUGAAUUAUUAAAUGCAGCAUUUCGGUUCCGUAAGAUUGUUGGAUUUUAAGUUCCAGGACGUACCUUGAAAUUGCUUUGGAAUAAUUAUCCGUAGGGAAUAAUACUAUCAGUGUUUUGGAUACACGGUAAGGAUGAGUGCGGAAGAAAGCGAGGAAAAGGAUUUUUGGGAUAUUUUGGGUCUGACCAACCUCACAGAGGAGGAGUACCUCGCCAGGGUUUUGGGACCGAAAUAUUUACCGACGAAGAUGGUGAUACCAUUGACUCUGGUCUAUGUAAUUAUUUUUGUGACUGGGGUGGUUGGUAACAUUGCCACUUGCACGGUCAUUAUAAAAAAUUCCUCGAUGCAAAGCGCCACUAAUUACUACCUCUUCAGCCUGGCCAUUUCGGAUCUUACUCUACUAAUUCUUGGUUUGCCAAACGAGUUGAGUAUUUUCUGGCAGCAGUAUCCAUGGGUCCUGGGUGUCAGUCUGUGCAAGAUACGAGCAUAUGUGUCGGAGAUGUCUUCUUACGUCUCGGUGUUGACGAUAGUAGCUUUCUCUAUGGAACGAUAUCUGGCAAUAUGUCAUCCUCUUCGAGUUUAUGCAGUUAGCGGAAUGAAGAGGCCCGUCCGAUUCAUUCUCGCCGCUUGGACAAUUGCUCUCGUUGCAGCGAUUCCAUUUGCGGUGUACACCGCCGUUAAUUACGUGGAAUAUCCCCCAGAGACGGGCAAUUAUUCCGCCGAUUCGGCGAUUUGCGCAAUGUUGCUGCCUGACAUGCCCAACUUUCCACUCUACGAGCUCAGUUGCAUCGUUUUUUUCCUAUUGCCGAUGUUGGUAAUCCUCGUGGUGUACACGAGGAUGGGUCUCAUGAUUUGGAGCAGUGCUCACUCUUCUCUAAACCCGGUGAUCCAGGGCUCCGUACACCGGGAUAACCGGCAGGUACAGUCGAGAAAGACCGUCGUCCGAAUGCUAAGUGCGGUCGUCGUCAUGUUCUUUGUUUGUUGGGCUCCAUUCCACGCGCAAAGACUACUUUACGUUUAUGCCCAGGAUACCGAUUAUUAUCCAGACCUUAACGAGUGGUUGUACAUCUUGAGCGGGUGUCUGUACUACUUUAGCACCACUGUCAAUCCGAUCCUCUAUAAUCUCAUGAGCAGCAGGUAUCGCGAUGCCUUCAAACGUACCCUGUGUUGUCGGACGAGGAUCAGGACGAAAUUGUGGUAUCCCUUGGCCAGGGGAACCGCAUACAGAUAUACCGUGGUCAGAGCCAAAGAGAUACUUCGUCGCAGUACUCGGUGCGAAGAACAGAACGAUGGAGAUGCAAAGAAUCCUGGAAACGGUCUCUUAUCUGUUGAAAUUACUACCAAAGUGGCAGAAGAACAAACUUCAAAGAGAAAACUACAGGUGGGUUAUCAAAGCAGUAAUGAAAGUUCGGUUUCCCGAAAUAGGACGGAAGAAUCGGUUUCCACAGCCAGUAGUGCUCUGUGAUAUUAUUACGAUAAAUCAACGUUAAAAGAAAAAUGUUAAUUAAGUAAUCAUUAAGAUUAUGCCGUGGAAUGUAUAUAAUGCAAUAAAUAUAAUUUAAUGAC